GAUUGAAUGGAACUCGAGGACCUUCGACCUCUUAUUUUCUAGUUAGUGCUGGAAGCUAGAAGGAAAUCCUUUCGGGGCUCUCUACGGAUACAUCGAAAGUUCCUUGGAUUUCAAACUGGUUCAUAAUAUGGAGCUUGCGUGGAGAUAUACUGCUGGCACGUGUUGUUUGCAAACAUGCUCGAUUUCCCUUAUUGCAUUCAGGUCAGAUGGGAGUGGGUUCCAGGGUAUGAGGGUAUGAGGGUCAAUCUUUUACCGGAAACCAUGCUUCUAUACAGAUUAUUGGUUUAUCCAUCUUACGCCUCAGCCGUGCAUAUUCGCAUCGAAGUUCCGGGGAUGGUAAAAGUUACGUAUGUGUGAAAGUGGGUAAGAAGCUCUGGAUAAGAUCCAGCUAUGCGCACGAUAAAUACUACGAUUUCCCUCUUUCUCGUGGCACUCCAAUUUACACCUGAACAUCGCUGAGCCUUGAAGCCCCAAUCCGCAAUCAUGGGGAUGUUGUCCAAAGUUGAGGAUCGCCCUACUCCUUCUCAGGUCUAUAACUGGCGUGUUUAUGCAUGCUCUAUUGUCGCUGGGUUUGCGGCUGUCAUGAUAGGUUAUGAUAGUGCAUUUAUUGGAACAACUAUCGCGCUCCCGUCUUUCAAAGAGGAAUUCAAUUUUGCCGCAUUAUCUAAGACGAGGUUAAAUCUCGUGAGCGCCAAUAUUGUAUCAUGUUAUCAAGCUGGAGCAUUCUUCGGUUCCCUCUUUGCGUACAUUGCAGCGUAUUUUCUUGGAAGAGUCAGAGGUAUGGCUGUAUUUAGUGCCGUGUUUACAGUUGGUGCUGCAAUGAUGCUUGGUGCAAAUGGGGACCGCGGCCUUGGUCUCAUCUACGGAGGACGAGUUCUUGCUGGGUUGGGCGUAGGAGGUUGUUCGAGUUUGGCACCCAUUUAUAUUUCCGAGAUAUCUCCACCUGCAAUUCGUGGUCGAUUGGUUUGCAUGUUCGAAUUAGGAUGGCAGAUUGGUGGACUGGUUGGAUUCUGGAUUAAUUACGGAAUCUCUGAGACCCUUCCAUCUAACCACGAGCAAUGGAUAAUUCCAUUUGCAAUCCAACUCAUCCCUUCUGGACUGUUAUUACUCGGUUCGUUUUGGCUCCACGAAACCCCUCGUUGGUUGAUGAGCAAAGGAAAACGGGACAAAGCUAUCAAAAAUCUAUGCUGGAUCCGAAACCUCACUGAAGAUGACGUUUAUAUCAAGGAAGAGAUCUACGCAAUCGACCAAAAUAUUGAACAACAAAUGGCGGGUGGUGGCCUUGGAUUCUGGCAACCAUUCAAACUCCUUGCGAGAAGCCGGAAGAUUCAAUGGAGAUUUUUUCUUGGAGGUGCAUUAUUCUUUUGGCAAAACGCUUCUGGUAUCAAUGCCGUCAACUAUUAUUCUCCAACUAUCUUCAAGAGCAUUGGAAUUAUCGGUACCAAUACUUCACUAUUCUCGACUGGUCUAUUCGGUGUUGUCAAAACCGUCGGAACCAUCAUUUACUUGCUGUUCCUGAUCGAUCAGUUGGGGCGCAGGAAGCUAUUGAUGAUCGGAUCAAUUGGUGGAGCUUUGUGCAUGUACUACGUCGCUGGUUACAUUGCAAUUGCAAAACCUGCGGAUCAUCCAACGAGCUCCCUACCACCUUCUGGUGUAUCUGCCGUUUUCUUUUUUUACUUGUGGACUGCAUUUUACACCCCAACUUGGAACCCAACACCCUGGGUAAUAAACGCCGAGAUCUUCGAUCAAAGUGUCCGAACGUUAGCUCAAGCACAUGCCGCUGCCCAUAACUGGCUAUGGAAUUUUCUCAUCUCGAGAUUCACACCUCAAAUGUUCUCUUCAAUGGGAUAUGGAGUUUACUUAUUCUUCGCAUCAUUGAUGAUUUGGGGUGCGGCGUUCGUUUUCUUCUUGAUUCCAGAAACAAAAAAUGUUCCUCUGGAAGCGGUCGAUAGACUUUUUGAGCGCAAUUUACCGGCUAGGAGAGCGCACGCAGUUGUAUGGGCGGAGUUGGAGCAGGAGGAAGAAGCGUUGAGAGCGGGAAUUACAGCGGGAUUGGAAAAGGAGAGAACGACUGCACAUGUUGAGACUGUUUAGGACGGAUGAGACACAGGGGAUUUGUGUCCAUUCGUAGCUAAUGGCCGACUAAUGGCUUGACUAUUGCUGAAGUAGUAAGAAAUAGUAAUAUCAAAUGCUCUGCGUAAUUUUUCCUCCGCGCCA